CACAGGAAGUAUUAUUAAACCUACUUCAAAAUGCGGGUCUCUGUGGGUGGAAAUGAAGAUUUGUUUGCUCAUGACCUACGGCACGUGCACAAGACGAAAGUGCAUGCAUGUAUACUAACGAAAGUAUUGCAGGUGUUUACGUGGUUUUAAGCAUGUGCCGGGUGAUAUACAUUUCAAUGCCAGCACUCUAAAAAGUCGGGUAAAUAAUACUUUCCUGUGGAUAUUUGGUCUAACAAAAAUGACCCACUGAAGGACCAACUGCACAGACAACCAGUAGAGUAAGAUCAAAUUAAAUGUUAUUCAGCAUUCUGGCUUGUAAGGAAACUUUCCAUGUUUCUGGAGUGGUUUGUUUCAGGCUUUAUACCAAGAAUUGGUAUCUCAGUCACAUUUUUUAGGCAAGCAGGCGGGCAGGGAGGAUGAUCCCUUGAUCCCUCCAUUGCGACAGACAGGGAUUGGGAUGAGCAUCAGGUGCCUUUUCCUUUUUGUGUUCCUGUUGACAAAACGGUUGUCAUGGCGUCCCUGGAGGAGGAGUUGACGUGUUCAGUGUGCCGCGACGUCUUCAGCCAGGCCCAGCCCUUGCCAUGCGGCCACAGCUUCUGCCCAGCAUGUGUGCGAGACGCCUGGGGCCACGGGGAGGCGGGGGUCAGGGGUCGCUUCACCUGCGCACAGUGUCAGGAGGAACAGGGGGUUGUGGCGUGUGACUGCUGCCCCCCUGUGGGGGAUGGGGACCAGUCUGGGAACGCUGCGGCGGUGAAGACCUGUCUGCGCUGUGAGGUGUCUCUGUGUGCCGAGCACCUGAAGCCCCACCUGGAGCGGCCCGCCUUCAAGACACACCUGCUAGUGGAACCUCUGGGAGACCUGUCCCACCGCAGGUGUCCUGCCCAUGAGGAGAUGUUCCGCUACUACUGUGCAGACGAGCGGGUGUACGUGUGUGCAGACUGUUUAUUGGAGGGUGGCCACACACAGCACCGGGUUAAAGGACUGAGGAAGGUGGAGGAGGACCUGAAGGUCAUCCUCCAGAGCCUUCUCCAGAAAGCAGAUGAGAAACUGAAUAAAGGUGAACAGAUCCUCCAAGAGCACCGGAACACUGACCGCACUAUAACAGACUUGUCUGUGGCAGAUGACUCCCAGGUGGAGCGUAUGGGUAUAGCCCUGCAGCUGCAGGUGGAGAGGCUGGUGCUGGCCCUGAGGGAGAGCACCAGGAAAGAGAGGCAGCAGGCUGUGGAUCGCCUCCAGAACAACUGCAGCAGGGUUCGAGAGGACCUGAGCCAGACCCGGGACAUCCACCACUACCUGGGCUCCUUGCUGGAGGAGACAGACCCCUUCCUGCUCAUCUGGGCAUUUCAAUCUGAUGACUCAAGGCUGCUUGCGGACCUGAACUGUCCCUUGUUCACUCCUGACUCCCUCAGCCUGGACAGGAAGUACAUUAUGGAGGAUAUCGAGAGCAAGUACAGAGAGUUCAUCACCGAGACACUGCGCUGUCUCACUGAACUCAAGAGGGAGCUCUUAACAAGUCCGUUGACUCUGGACACUAACUCUGCCCAUCCUCUCCUGAGCAUUUCGGACGGCCUGCGGUCAGCCAUGCGGGUCAAACAGCGCCUUCCGUGUGCCACUCACCCUGACCGCUUUGACCACUGGGCUCAAGUCCUGACCGUCCAGACCUUCUCCUCAGGAACCCAUUACUGGGAGCUGGAGGCAGAGGGCUUCUGGGACAUUGCGGUGUCCUACCGGAGCAUCGGGCGGAAAGGGAAGGAGGGCAGUGCCUUUGGAAAUAACAAGAUGUCUUGGAGCCUGACGCAGCAGCACGACAGGAAGCUGGCUGCCUGGCACAACCGCAGGAAGACCCGCCUUUCCAGCCGGAUGUCAGGCAACCGUGUGGGUGUGGCCCUGGAUUAUGGCAUAGGAACAAUCACAUUCUCAGAGGUGGGGCCUUCCAACACCCUGACCCACUUGCACACCUUCAGUACCUCCUUCAACCAGCCUGUGUGCCUAGGCUUUGGCCUCUACAAGGCUGAGCUCCACAGCAGAAUCUCUAUAGUGAGGGUGUGAGGGAUCAUUCGAGACCAGAGAAUAAAAAUUAUAUUUCUAUAGCUGGGACACCUUCGGGGUGGGCCUCAGGGAUGGAGACUUUGUGGGAGGUUUCUUUCUGGAACAUCUCCCAGGAUCUCACGAGGGAUUGGACUAUGAACAAAAGAGCUUGUGUGAGCAUGAAUAAUUGUAAGACUACAUUCUUACAGCACUCAGGACUUGAAAUACUGUGAACUAUGACUUUGAAUCAGUAAGGAAUGGAUGUGUAUGUCCUAAUUUUGUCACAGUUUAGGGGAAUUUGAAAGACAAAGGUAACUUGGACCCAAGGCAGAGGGUUUUUUGAUCAAAUACAUCCAAACUACAGGACAAUAUUCUUAAAGAAUUAGAAAAGUACACAUUCAGUUGAUAGUUCUAGAUUAUUGUGGUGUAACAGCUAUGGGGUCCCAUUUCAUUUCACGAGUUUGUUUAGACACAUUUUUUUAUGCAUACAAUAAUCAAUAUGCGUUCUAUGUGGCACCCAUGUACCAAGCUAAAUACCAUAAAUGAUGUUGUUAAGAAAAGGUGGAAGGUAUGUGGACUGGACCAUAUUGUAAUAUAGAUUACAAAAUCAUUAGGCAUUAGAAGCUUUCACAAAAGUUAAAUUACACUGAGUGUACAAAACAUCAUGAACACCUUCCUAAUAUUGAGUUUCACCCCCUUUUGCCCCAUCAGAACAGCCUCAAUUUGUCUGGCAUGGACUCUACAAGGUGUCGAAAGCAUUCCACAGGGAUGCUGGCCCAUGUUGACUCCAAUGCUUCCCACAGUUGUCAUGUUUUGCUAGAUGUCCUUUGGGUGGUGGACAUUUUUUUUUAUACACACAGGAAACUGAAAAACCCAGCAUUGUGAAAACCCCAGCAGGGUUGCAGUUCUUGAAACACAAACUGUUGCGCCUGGCACCUACUACAAUACCCUGUUCAAAGGCACUUAAAUAUUUUGUAUUGCUGAUUCACACUUUGAAUGGCACAUAUACACAAUCCAUGUCUCAAUUGUCUCAAGGCUUACAAAUCCUUCUUUAUCCUGUCUCCUCCUUUUCGUCUACACUGAUUGAAGUGACAGCAAUAAUGGAUCAUAGACUGAGCAGGUGAAUCUAAGUGAAUGUGUCAUGAAAAGAGCAUGUGUUCCUAAUGUUUGGUACACUCCUUUUACGUAGUCUAUUAUGGGAAUGUGUCAUGAAAAGAGCAUGUGUUCCUAAUGUUUGGUACACUCCUUUUACGUAGUCUAUUAUAUUGAAAAGUAUUCACUUGAAGAUGGUCAAGGUAUGACCUUCAACAAAAUAACCUCCAAUAUUGAAACAUCUCAGAUGCAAUACUUUCACUGGCACUUUUCAUUUUUAGAGAAAAAACGAGUGAGAGUGCGAGAGAGAGCCGUGGGUCCUCUGGCAUGGCUAUUUAGAUGCCUGUUUCAAAGGGAGGUGUCUGAUACUGUAGAAUGGGAGAAGAGAGAUGUUACGAAGAAUGUGUUGCUAUCACUCCAUCUCUAAGGACAAAUGACUGACUUCAACUGAUAUGGAAAGCAAGGAGGACACCUUUCAAACUGAAACAGGUGAAUCAUCUUUUUUUAUUAUUAACAUAAACCGACUCCAGGAUUGUAUUACAGUACUCAGUGAAUAAAUGCCUAGUUUUUGCAAAUCCCUACAUUGCUUGUGUUUAAAAUCUCGGAUCAUUCAGGAAAACUGUUCAUCUUCUGACUGUUUAUUGAAUAUUGGGGACCAACUCUAUGAAACAUGCCGUGUUGGGUCCGUGUGGGUGUUUGAAGAGCGAGUGUAAGGUUGUUUCAAAAUGUUGUUUAUAACCAGGUUAAUCACUAAAGUCAAAGAGUGUGACCAUCA